GGAACAGGAGGUGAGAGCAAUGAGGUGCCAUGGCUUACAAUGGGGAUUCACAUAGCCUCGCAAUGAGUUACGAUUUACUGUAAGUUUUCAUUAAAUUAAGAUUCUGCAGUCGCACAUAUUUGGAAAGUUGGAAAAUACGUUAUCAAAGCAUAGAUUUUUCACCAAGUAUCUGUGCGCCGCUCUGCUUGUAGGUGUGUGCAUGCGCAUUUCUUAGUGCUUUAUUCAAGGUGUAUCAUCAGAACAGGCCCUUCCAAAGAACCAUUGUUAUGCUCAUGCUGUAGACUUUAUCCAUGGAAUGGGACAAGGGUGGGCGGAGGUGGCAAUGUGGGGGAGGUGGCCAAGGACCCAGAUAAGAGUGGGAAAAAGGAAGGCCGACUUCAGGUCUGUGUAUUCGAGUGAGCUUGAGUCCUGGUCAGUCGUGGACACGUCUUCUGUUUCAUUUACAUCAUGGCUGCAGUUCAGACUGAGGUUUCCCUGUGCACACAGCCUUGGCAGAGGCCCCUGUACAUCUACGGGGGGUUGGCAUGUAACUCACUGAUGGCUGAUUUCUGGUCUGACAGAACUCCUCUCCAUGAAGCCGCCUACCAAGGCAGGCUACUACACUUGAGGAGCCUCAUUACACAGGGCUUCCAUGUAGACACACUCAGUUUGGACAGAGUCUCUCCUCUCCAUGAAGCUUGCCUUGGCGGUCAUUAUGCUUGUGCCAAGUUCCUGCUGGAAAAUGGUGCAAAUGUGGAAGUAGUUUCAACAGAUGGCGCCACACCUCUCUUCAACUCUUGCAGCAGCGGGAGUGCCGCUUGUGUCAGGCUCAUGUUGCAGCACGGUGCCUCUACACACACCCCCUACCAUCUAGUAUCACCCAUACAUGAGGCUGCUAAGAAAGGUCACAGAGAGUGUCUGGAGUUGCUGCUGUCGUAUGGUGCUCAGAUCGACAUGGAGCUGCAGGUGGUGGGGACGCCGCUGUACUCUGCCUGCAUGGCCCAGGCCGCAGCCUGUGUCAGGGUGCUGCUGUACUCAGGAGCAGAUGUUCGAAUCGGGUGUGGGCAGGACAGUCCUUUACAUGCUGCAGUUCGAGGUGGAGGAGCAAAUGUUGUGGAUCUUAUGCUGGAAUUUGGGGCGAAUGGGUGUUGUAGGAACGCAGAGGGAAAGACUCCUCUGGAUCUGUCAUUUCCAAACAGCACAGUCAGAGUCGCAUUGCAGAAAAAAGGUCCCUGCUCUCUGUCGCAGCUCUGUCGCCUCGGUAUUCGUCGCAGUCUGGGAAGGAGUCGUUUUCACCGAGCCUCUGCCCUCUUCCUCCCUCACAGUAUCAAGGACUUCCUCCUCUAUCAAUGAGACGUCUGCCCUGCCACCUUGCCUCUUUGUGUGCCACAUGCUGAUUGACCUUCACAUUUGUGCUUUGUCCCUGGCUAACAAAUCAAGUGAAAAAAUGGACAUCCAGAGAACAUGCAAAGAAUGGGACUCAGUCAGUCAUCUGUAUCUUAUAGUAUUGUUGCUUUUAUUAUAAUUAUUGUUAUUCACUUAUUACUGAUGAAAUAUGUUGGAUACAAGCAUGAGAAGUUCCAAGACAAACAUAUUGCAGUUAAUUUGUGUCAGGUUUGGUAUUUUUAUACGUAUAAUGAAGUGUUUUCUAUUUCAUUUUCAUAAAUAGUACUUUAUUCCAAAACCUUUUAAAGGGUAACUCUUCAGAUUAUACAAACACAUAUUUUUACAGCAGUUGGAAAUACUACUGCAAAUGUGAAAAAAGUAGUAUUUUUGGCUCCAAAGACUGAGUGAGUUACCUCAUGUCACCUGAGUAUCUGUCCGUUAAGUACUUCAAGUUUGAAAAUGAAAAAGAUCUGGGGUUGUAAAGUAUGAAAGAAGAACACUCUCUGUGUCUACUAAGAGUAAAUUCUGUAUUUUGUAAAAAGUGUUUUUUUUAUAGAUUGUAAUGCUCUUUUGUAUUUUUAUUAUCUUCACUGUCAGAAAGCUGGACAAGUGAUUUCAUUCAGUAGGUGUUACUUCACUGUUUUAGCCUUUAUUGGCACCUAUUUUCACUAUUGCAAUUCCAAGACUGUAAGGCUCAGAUAUUGUAUAGAAGUUUAUAACCAGUAAUGUAAAGUUGUUUGCAGGCUUGAACUUUAACGUGCAGAAGUACAUUUGCAGUCAUUUGAGGACUUGCAAGCUGGUCUUCUACAUUUCUGUGAAUAUCACUAGCGUUGUUACCCUUCUAUUGGCACAUACUGAAUGUGUAUCAACAUCACUUCCUACAAUAAAUUCAGCUGACAUGAAGAUCCUGCCCUG